AGACGAGCCCUAUGUGUCAUCGCGCAAACAGCUGACAACACUCUAAGAGAUGGCGGCUGUGUGUCGGAUCAAUGGUACCGCGUUGUGCGUCAAACAAACUGCCUAGGAUACAAUUUCCUCUUUAAAUGUGUAAAUAAACACCGUGCUAUUUAUCAUGGCAUUCCUGGAGUGGAGGCGCUUUAAUUUCUUCGAUCUGAAGAAGGAGGUUGACGAGAGAAAAAUCGCCGAAGCAUUCGGAGACGCGCAAGUCACAGCGGCCACCAGUGGCAAUGGCAAUCUGGUGUUUGGCGAUAACACGGGCAACGUACAUUUAAUAAACAGAGCUUACGAGGUGACAACUUUUCGAGCCUAUGAGCUCACUUUGGUUUUAGCACAACAAGUUCAACAUUCCACCUUCCUCUUUACUAUUGGUGAAGAUGAGCCUGGUUGCAAUCCCACUAUAAAAGUUUGGAAUUUAGCUAAGCCUGAUAAACAUGGCAAUCCGACAUGUGUUCGAAUAAGCAGAGCCAUACCUAGUUAUAGAGCAGUUCCAGCAACAGCUCUGUGUGUCCAUACUAGUCUUACAUUAAUGACUGUUGGCUUUGGAGAUGGUUCCAUUAUGCUGUAUAGGGGUGACUUGACGCGAGAGAGAAAAAAUAAGAUAAAAGUCCUGAAGGAUACUAAUCUGUCUAUUACCGGUCUCGCGAUAAAAUCAACCGGCAAGCAGACGCAUCUGUUCGUCUCUACACAAAACAGCGUGUUUUUAUACAAUAUUACCAUUAAGGAUAAAGAACACAAAUCCACUUUGGACACUAUGGGUUGCGCGCGAAAAUGCAGCGUGCUCGCUGAGUCGAUACAGGACAGUCACUUUAUGAUCGGACGCAAUGAUGCUAUUUAUUGUUAUACACCGGACGGUAGAGGCCCGUGCUACGCGGUGGAAGGUCAAAAAAUAAUGCUAGAAUGGUUCAGGACGUACCUAGUAAUAGUGGUGAAAGAAGCGACAAACGUUCUGAGAACGACGACUAUAUCCGGCAAAUCGAACACGAUAGAGCCGAUACCACCUGGUGUAGACAAGCACGUCAUCACUGUGCUUGACAUACAAAACAAAUUUAUCGUGUUCUCCGCGCCGAUGUUGUCUGUCCAGGCGGUCCUGUCCGAAUGGGGUGGAUUUUUCAUACUCAGUGGAGAUAACAAGCUAUAUCAUUUAGACGAGAAGGACUUGCAGUCUAAAUUAGCGUUACUUUUCAAGAAGAAUUUGUACGAUGUUUCUAUCAGAAUAGCUAAAAGUCAACAAUACGACGCUGAAGGCCUCAUAGACAUCUUCCGUCAAUACGGCGAUCAUUUAUAUUCUAAGGGUGAUCAUAACGCCGCGAUAGAACAAUACAUAAAAACCAUAGGCAAAUUAGAACCAUCCUACGUGAUAAGAAAAUUCUUGGAUUCCCAGCAUAUCGAUAAUUUAACAACGUAUUUGCAAGCUUUACAUAAAAAUGGACAAGCAACUGGGGAUCAUACUACUUUACUGUUAAAUUGUUACACUAAACUCAAUCAUACGGACAAAUUGAAAGAAUUCAUUAUGACAAAAGAUCGUGAAGUCGAUUUUGACGUAGAAAUAGCGAUAAAAGUUUGUCGCCAAGCAUCGCCCGAGGAUGCGCUAUUGCUCGCGCAGAAACACGGCAAGCACGAGUGGUAUCUUCGAAUUCAGAUCGAAGACAAACGGGAAUAUAGAAAGGCGCUCGAGUAUAUGGCAACAUUAGAAUUUGAAGAGGCAGAAGCCAACAUGAAAAAGUAUGGAAAUAUCUUAAUUGAAAAUGUGCCAAAUGAAUCUACUCGAUUUUUGAAAGCUUUAUGCACGAAUUAUAAACCUUCUAACAAACCACUCGUAGAUCAGGAAGCUCUGGAUGGUUAUGUAGAACAGCACGUCGAUAGAGCCAAUCCUGAAGAUUUUAUUCAUCUCUUUCUAAAUAAUUCCGAACGACUCGUAGAAUUUUUGGAACAUCUAGUUAAAUCUGAUACAAGAUGGAGUACACUUGUCUACAAUACAUUAGUAGAGCAUUAUUUACACGUCUGGUCGGCUUUAGAUAAUGAUGUAGUUAAAAUACAAUAUGAACAAAAAAUCGUACGACUUCUGCAGAAUACGGAGGCCCGUUACGAUAAGCAUCAAAUACUAAUACUUUGUCAUCAGCAUAAUUUCAGGAAAGGAUUGCUAUUUCUUUACGAGGAGAGCAAAUUAUAUCAAGAGAUAUUGAGAUUUCACUUACGGGAAGGAGAUAGCGAACAAGUUCUAGCCACGUGUAAAAGCUUCGGUCAUCAAGAUCCUAACUUGUGGGUACAGGCAUUGUGGAGCAUUGCCAAGAACAAGGAUGCGCCGACGAAGCUUCUCGCGGAUAUAUUAGCUUAUAUCGCUCAAGAAAGACUGUUAUCUCCUUUGAUGGUCAUUGAUGCAAUCUCUACUUCAUUGACCUGUACACUGGGAGAUGUUAGAACAUAUUUGUAUAGUGUAUUACGAGCGGAACACGAACAAACUCAGGCUGACGUGGAAUUAACAGAAAAGUACAGAGCCGAUACUUGCAAGUUACGUGAACGCAUAGAAGCGAUAAAGAAUAAUACGAUAAUCUUCCAAGGUUCGCGAUGCAGCGCGUGCCAUCAUCAGUUAGAAUUACCGUCUGUGCAUUUCAUGUGUCAACAUUCAUACCAUCAGCAUUGCUUUCAAAGCUUCUCGGAAAAUGAGAACGAGUGUCCGGCAUGUCUGCCGAAUAACAAUAAGUCACUGGAUAUUAUAAGAGCGCAAGAGCAAUCGAAAGACCUGCAUGACUCUUUCCACAGUCUUCUCGAUCAAGCGGAGGACCCGUUUUCCUUAGUAGCCGAUUAUUUUGGUAGAGGAGUUUUUAAGAAAUUAAUGGUGAUCACCGAUACGGACAAAACGUUACCUACUCCGACAAGAUUGGAAGAACCUAAGUUGAACUACGGGCCAGGUGCUGAAGCAAGGCUCAGGUUGAGCGAAGGGAAGAGUUCUAUAUCAGGCAAAAUAGAUCCACGACGUACUACAUACGACGUCCACAUGACGGAGGAGCGUUUACGAAGUUUUACGAAACCAGACGUAUACUCCUCGUCGUUGGAAGCUAAUAUCUCGGGUACGGGCAGCGGUCGGUCGACACCGCGAGUCAACUCUGCGAAAGCCUCGCCGGUGCCGAUCAGAGAAGCCCGUAUUCUAAACAGCACUACGCCAAAGUCGUCACCGAUCGAGAAGCACUUUAUCCCACCGAAAAAUUCCAUCGUACCGUCGAAUCCCUUCGAGAUGGACGACUAUGACGAAUCUAAGAAUCCCUUCGCUAAAGACGCCGACGACGAUGAUGCGAAUAAUCCGUUCAAGGACGAUGUGGAUAAUGACAAUGGCAAGGCCGGCAACGGUGAUGACGAAGAUCACUACAAUAGAAAUCUAAACCCGUUCAGUAGAUAAACGAUGAUACAUCCUGCAAGGACUCGACUCAAACUCAAACGUAAAACUUGCAUAUAUCGAUAUUUACAUACAUCGAUGAAUGUUUCACGAUGCAUAAGAAGAAGAAAAAGAAGAAAAUACCAUAAAAGUACAUGCUUGAAGAACAAGCAUUAUACAGUGAACCUAAUAUACUACGUGUAAGCUCUUGUAUAGUACAUAUUUAAAUUUUAUAUAUCGCAACUCCUCUCUCCCCCCUUUCCCGAUUUAUAUUAGUUAAUAUUAUAUUACUCAUACACCUUUUCAAGAAUUAAUCGAUAAAGUAAUUGGCUAGAUUAAAGGACUUUUGUUGUAUUGGUUUAUAGAUAUAUGGCUUAAUGUCCAUCUGAAGUGGAUUAACGACAAAUAUUUAAUGCACUGUCAUUUAUUCGGUGAGAUGCAGUGUCUAAAAUCAGUGCCAGUUGCAAAAAAAUGGUGAAAUGAAUCACACAAAGACUCAAAAACUUGCUAAAUAAAACUUUAGCGAUGUAGGAAUUUAUUAAUACGCCUUUAUUGUGAUGGUUUGUAAUGUGGAAGAAGAGAAGACCAAUCCUAAAUUGGCUAUUGUGAAAUUUGUUAUUUCGUCGCGUUGUAUUGUAUCGCAUUCCGCUUCAAAAGCACUUUCGCUCCGUCACAAUCAUAAUAUAAUCUUUAGGAAUAAAGUAAAUCGAAGCAAAGUGGAACCAAGAUUAAUGUAAUCAUGCCUUUGUAUGCUGUAUCUAUUUUGGGUGAAUAGAGAACAGCAUAUGUAAAAGUAUCGAGAUAUACAGACCAUAAGAUUGUACAAUUAUACUAGCAAUAAGAGAAUAAAAUUAUGAAUCUA